AUGCCCAACGAAGGCGGCUGUGGCGGGACCUUGCGUGUGCUAAGCCGCCUCGGUAUCGGAACGCAGCGCCGUGUCUCGUCACAGCGCGGGUCGCAGCCCGAUCCAUGGUGGAUGCGGUACGCCAAUACGGUCAUAGUCGCCGCUUGCAUUGGGUGGUCUUGUGCGAUCUAUGUAUGGCGCGUAUGCUACCCUAUGAUCACACGACACCCCAACGCCUUGGCUUCUCAGCGAACAGGUAUCGGCCUCCUAGUCGGUUUCCUGAUCUUAUGGGGCAUGCUCACCUGGAGUUUCAUUACCGUCGUCUUGUCUAGCCCAGGCUACGUCCAUGAUCUCGCGCUCGAGUCUCAGCCCAUGACCAGCGCGCCAUCGGACGAGAGACUCGGCGUGGCUGCGGCACCAGCCCCUGUCACUGUUCUACCAACACCACAGACGACAACGACCCCCACACCUGUACCACCUUCCGUGCCGCUAGCUGUGCCUGUUCCCAUUCCCUCCCAAAGUCCCACCGACGACGACGCGGAAGUGAUGAUGAGCAGCGUUCGCAACCCGAUACCCUUCUCGCCGGUCGACGAACGCGAAGCGCGAUGGGCUAUGUACGAACAAUCUGCCUCGGGUGUCUCCCACGGUCGCGAUAGCGUUUCAGGCAAUGAGUCGUCUGUCAUGACAUUGGCUGCGCCGCCACCCAAAAGCCCAGGCACUAUGGAGCCAUCGUAUAUGCCCCCACCGUCUUCGCCCGGCGUCGAGGCGGACAUAGAAGCGGAUCUUCCUGCACCUACGGAUCCUCGGCUCCCCAAACCACGCCGCAUACCCCCUCAUCCUCCCAUUUACGCAUCGUCCGAACUCUACUGCAAUCACUGCCAUCGCGCACGGCCGCCACGCGCACAUCACUGUCGUCGUUGUGGAACCUGUGUUCUUCGUAUGGAUCAUCACUGUCCCUGGGUCGGCGGGUGUGUAGGUGCACACAACUACCAAUACUACUACAACACAGUGCUUUGGGGCUUUUUGCUGUCGCUCUACGUGAUCGUGAGUAUGGCGCCCCUAUUUGCACGUGGUGUUCGGUCCCAAGAAUCAGCGACCUGGGCAGAACGGAUCCGCAAUUGGAACGUGGAUGGCUACAUGAUCAGUGUGUUUGUGAUUGCAGCCUUCUUCUUUCUUUUCACCGGCUCCCUAGUGACGGUCCACACGUACUUGAGUGGUCAUAACCUAACAUCCAUUGAGCAGCGAGGCAUCAAUUCGUUCCGUCAGAGCGAAGGGCAUGUGCUUCAUCGCUAUUACUCUCGCUACGGCCAGGGUGGGACGCUCGGCUGGGGUCCCGUCGGUGCGUUCCGUCGAUUUAUCGCUCGGAGACGCAUGCUAAAGCAAUGGAACAGGGAAUGGGGCUACCCCUUUCGUGAAGGCAAUCCAUGGUGGAUCGGCACCAUGGACGAGUUGGACUAUGCAUUGACCUCACCAGCAGCACAAACGCGCGAAUCCGACUUAAACAAAACCCUGGGCCUGUCCUACUCGGCUUUGCCUACAGGCAAUGGCGUCGCGAGCAUCUCUCGCUCUGCUACAUCGCCGUUGCUGCAACAUCCGCCUUUCUUCCAAAAAUCGGCUUUUCUGCUGAACAUGGAGCAGAGUUUAGGUCCGCCUUACGGCUGGUUCUUACCUGUGACGCGCCGAGUACACACAGGUGUCCACUUUCCGCUAAACCCACGCUAUAGCAGCGAUGGUGUAUGGCUACCAUCGCACGACUGGCCCCCAGUGGUCCACGCGAAAUAG